CAGGUUUUUCAUACUCUUUUGAAUGCGAACAAUCAACGUUCUGUUUUCAACGUCUUACUUCGUUGUAUUCAUUUGGUCAUAACUUUGGAAAACAGCUUCUUUGCCGAUAAGAAAGUAUCCGCAUUUCAGGGCACGAGUUAUAGGCGAGUAUAUAAAAGCGCCUUGUUAUUAGUGUUAUUAAUUUGUUUAGCUGUGACAUUAUUGUUGACGUCCGUAGAUAGAUCGAGAUGAAAUAGUACUAGAUUCGCCUGAUGAUGUCGGCCUGAGCUCUCCCGUGAUGAAUUUUUGAAGUACUGUUAGUAUUCACUGAGAUUGAUUAUGCAAAAGCUGCAAAAGUGUAGAUAGCUCGAUGUUCAAAAUGUAACACAAGAUCCAGGGUAUAGUGACAUKGGAUAWUUUUUUUACUGGUGAUCCUGUUCUUUUUUAYCAAAAUUUUAAUCCCUGAUCCGAAAAGUCUCUUCAUCAAAUUUGAUCCGUGAUAUCACAAAAUCUGAGUGAUCCCAUCGAACCCAUUAAUUGUGAUUCCGAUAAAGGCAAAAAUUCUGAUCCCUGAUCCCAAAAAUAACGCUUAUCACUGAUCCCACAUCCCAUGUCACGACGUGCUCAACGRAACACUUUCACGACUAGUUUUGCAAAGAAAUUUACGCAAAGCUUUGAUUCUGCUUACGUAGUACGUACCAGAAAAACCUACGAACCAGUAAAUAUGACAACGCUAGACGAGAAAUCGCGCAGUUUAGCGUGGAUAGAUUGGUUGAUCAUCGCUGCAUACUUUGUAUUAUGCCUUGGUGUUGGAUUGUUUGUAAGUAUAGGUUUGAAUAACAGAAAAUAAGGCAAAAGAAUUUUUAUUAAUCGACUUUUAUUAAUUUUUUAUUAAUCCAAAGAUUUUUCACGCCAAAAUCAGUGUUAUAGACCGAUUUUAAUAGGAAAAAUAGUAACUUAGUAUCUUGGAAGUUCAAGUGGCAUCUAUGUAUAUAUCUUUUGAUGAGCUGUAGAUGAACUCUAAAUAACAUUUUUAAGUUAAAGCUCUCUCGCCUCUAAUCAACAUAGCUAGCAAGAUUCGAGAAAGCCAAGACCUAGCCUUUAAUAUCAACUUCGAAAUUCCAUGAUUUCGAAUGCGUGGGACAUACCCUUGACCCUUUGACAAUGAUUUUCAGACUCUAUCGACAUUUUAUUCGCGUGUCUGUACAUUGUGUGUAUGCUAUCCUAUCCGCGAUUAAAAAUCUUAAUUACUUUCAAAUACCAGCGCGCGAACUUCAUUAAAACGAAUUUAAACACGAGUUGUAGUUUUAAGGAAACAAAAGGACCAUCAUUUUGAUCAUGCAUAACUCGCAGCCGUUAUCAGUGUCACGUUACGUCAAGGGAGAAAAGUACAUUGAACGCCAUGACCCUUAAGAAGAUGCAAGGGAGACAAGAUUAACCCGAGUUUAGGGUGCGCAAAACAUCAUGAAAAUGUCCUGGCCUGGUCGYUAAAUGAUUCAGAACUCAAGCAAUAAAAGAUAAUGCUGGUCGAGACCUUACUGGUAGUGGGAACAAAGAAAUCGAAAUUAGACCCAAAAAGGGGUAUAAAUUUCGUCGAGCAGUUCCCAAAUUAGACCUAGUAAAAUCCUGCAAGCUCUUGUGCAUCGUUUGAGGUUUUCAGUCUUUUCAGUCAAAAUUUAGGAAGCAAAGAGGAGAAGCUGAAACAGCAGAGGGAUAUUUUCUUGCUGGCAGAAAAAUGCUCYUUUGGGCGGUUGGACCCAGUCUUUUUGCAAGUAAUAUCAGCAGUGGAAACUUCAUUGGUUUAGCGGGAUCUGGUGCUGCUAACGGUAUAGCUGUGGUAUCGUACGAAUGGGAGGGUGUAUGGGUGCUUUUGCUGCUUGGCUGGGUUUUUGUGCCCAUCUAUUUAAGAUCAAGGGUGUUUACCAUGCCUGAGUACCUGGAUAAACGUUUUCAAAGCCGAGCAGUCAGGACGUAUCUCACAAUUACAGCUCUAUCGUCUUAUACAUUUACAAGAGUCUCGGUUGAUAUCUAUGCUGGAAGUCUGUUCCUAUACGAGGCCGUAGGAUGGAAUAUGUACCUCUCUGCAGCUUGUGUGCUAGCAAUAACCGCCAUUUACACUUUACUUGGUGGCUUGACCGCUGUCAUCUUCACUGAUGUCUUACAGUGUGUAGUAAUGAUAGUUGGCGCGAUUGUUGUAUCGGUUCUUGUUCAACGUGCGCUAGGGGCAAAGAACAAUCUUCACGCGAAAGCAGGCUCUCUUCUUGCCGGUAUACUCAAGAUUACUCCCAUGUUUCUGAUUGUCAUGCCUGGCAUGAUCAGUAGAGUCCUGUUUCCUGAYUCCAUUGCUUGUGCGGACAAGGAAAGCUGUUUACAUUACUGCGRUAACAAAUGGGGAUGUACCAACAAUGCUUAUCCCAAACUUGUGCUAAACAUCUUACCAAGGGGUCUAGUCGGUCUCAUGAUGGCAGUCAUGAUGGCUGCUUUAAUGUCAUCCCUGUCUUCAGCCUUCAACAGCAGUGCUACUAUAUUCACCGUUGAUGUUUGGGUUUUGUUAAGACCAAAGGCAUCGGAUCGGGAAAAGGUUAUUGUUGGCCGAGUUAUAGUGGCUUUGCUUGUUGGACUGGGUAUAUGCUGGUUACCCAUCAUCCAAGGUGCCCAAGGUAGUCAGUUAUUCGUGUACAUUCAGACGAUACUAUCUUACUUGGCUCCUCAAAUGACCAUGACGUUUGGUCUGGCUAUACUGUGGCCUGGUUUGACUAAGGCUGGUGCAUUAUCUGGACUUAUCAUCGGUCUUAUCAUGGGACUAAUAAAGUUUAUAUUUGGCARCAUCUAUCCUCCYCCUGRKUGUGGAUCAGUGGACUAUAGACCCUCAUUUGUCAAACUACAUUUCUUGUGGUAUGCAUUGGUUAUAUUUGGUGUGUGCGGCAUUGUUGAGGUGGUUGUCAGCAUGUUCACAAGUAAAGUUCCACGUGAAGAGUUAGGUGGGUUGACWUGGCCAACCAUCAAUGACCGUCCAAUAUCACAUGGAGCCAUAGGUGAAGAGGGAUUAUCAUCUSMUYMU